AUGAAGAUUGCAGUGCUUUGUUUGUGCCUCAUCAGCAUCGCCUUUGCAUUACCAGUGAGUAAAUUGAAGCAUCAUGCCAUCUCAGAGAGCUCUGAAGAAAACCAUGAUUCCAGGAGCCAUCAUUCUCACAGAGAUCACCACCAGCAUGUGCAUACACAAUCACGUGUGAGACCAGCACAAACACAAGAACUUCUGGUACCACCUCAGCAGGACUGUUUUUCUUCAGACGAAAGUGUUGACACCGAGCAGCAGAGCCUUCCUGAGCCAGCAAGUGUAAGUAAUGAAGAUGAUGGUGAUCAUGAUGAUAACGAUUCCAAUGACACAGAUGAAUCAGAUGAGGAUAUUGUCACCGAUUUUCCCACUGAUGCCCCAGUAACUACACCUUUAACUCCUGCCCUCCCCACAAGGGGAGAUAAUUCAGGCAGAGGAGACAGCGUGGCCUAUAGAAUGAGGGCAAAAGCAAAGUUGGCAGACGUAUACCAUAAGGAGAAGUCUAGCAAGCUCUACAAAGCUGCAGGAAAGUUCAUCAUACAUGAGGUCUCAGAGGAGGAUGACAGCAAACCAGACACAGAAAGCCAGCAGGUGGAUUCCUUCAAAGCCCAACCUGCUGCACACCGCUUUCCAGGAAAAUCUGACAUUAGCCUGGAACUGGAUGACAAAAGUAACAUGCAGGACAGCAAUGAAGUCAACAGCAUGUCACGCGAUAAGCGCCUGGAAAACGACAGCCAACAGCAGCUUGACAGUGUGGAGGCAGACAGCGACAACAGCAAACCUGAUGUCACAGAAGACAGUCACAUGAGCAGUGAAAGCACAGAACAGCAGAAGGCCCAAAUUGAGGACCUACAACAGGUUGAUGGUAUCCCUGAAGUCAAUGAUAGCAAUCAAACUUCUGAGAGCACUGAAGACACUCAAGACCAUAAAAGCAUUGAAGACAAUGAAGUCACUCUUUAA